AUGUCUGCUCCCUCUUCACCCAAGCUCCCCGUCGCCAUCCUUGGCUGUGGCCGUAUGGGCCAGCGCCACGCACACAAUUUCCAUCACCUCACUCCCCGUGCAGCGAUCGUCGCUAUAGGCCAUCCCAGUGCCCUUGCCGCCCAAUGGGUCCAGGAUCAUCUUCCCGGCGUGCUAUGUUAUGCCGACCCCGAGCAAGUAUCCAGCCUCCCCAACGUUGAUGCCGUAGUCAUCUCUACCAUCACUAGCACCCACACCCCCUUCACCAUGAAAGCUAUCGAGCACGGGCUCCAUGUUUUGCUUGAGAAGCCCAUCUCCGUCGAUGUGGAAGAUACCAGGCCUGUUGUCGACGCCGCCAGUAGCAAGCCCGAAGUGAAGGUCAUGAUCGGAUUCGUUCGGCGUUUCGAUCAAGCCUUGAAUGGCCUUGCAGGCGAACUUGUAGGAUCGAAGCUCGGCAAGUCUUACCUCCUCAAGAGUACCUCUAUGGACCCCUACGACCCUGUACUGGAGUCUUUGUAUCUUAUGCCAAGGCCCCUGGCGGCAUCUUUAUGGACUGCCGGCGGUAUUCAUGAUAUUGACAUGUCUCGUUGGCUCCUCUCUCUCCCUUCCGGGACACCCGUCAAACCCACCCGCGUUAUUGCAUCUGGCCUUAUCACCGCCCACCCCGAGCUGGCCGACCAAGGCUACUGCGACAACGCCCUCGCCAUUAUUGAAUACGAUAACGGCUCUUUUUGCACGUUGCAUCUAAGCAGAACCGGGAUGGCUGGCUAUGAGAGUCGGGUAGAAGCGUACCGAAAGGGCGGAAAGCAAGUUAUCACGAUGGAAAAAGAGGCUGCUGGAGCUCCGUUCAAGAGUGUCGAAGCUGGUACCGCGGAUAUGCCCUCCUACAUGGACCGCUACGGGGUUGCACUCAUCCACGAAGCAAAAGCCUUCAUUGACUGUGUCCUGGACGAUACCCCAUCUCCAACGUCAGCGUAUGACGGUCUUCAAGCGGCUCUGAUCGCCAAAGCUUUGACUCACUCAUUCCAGACUGGUAAAGCUGUCGAGUUUGAUAGAGCUGGGGAGCCGGUCCUGCUUUGA